UCCAAAACCGAAUCCAAUUUGGAUCGAAAUGUCGAAAUCAAACUCGUAAGUGAAAGAAAUAAAAAUCGAGUCUUUUUAUUCCCUCCGCCCUGAGCACUCGAAGAAGAUAGAUGGCGGAGCGCGACGGAGGAGCUCUGCCGCCGCGGCCGGCCAUAGCCGUCCCUCCCCGGUACUCCAUGGAGGGCGAAGGUGGAGAUGGAGGCGCCGGGGUGGCGGACGUAAGCCCUGGCACGAUGACCCUGGUGUCGAGCUUCUUCGCGGACGAUCCGGACUCGGAGAACCGGUCCUUCUCCCAGCUCCUCGCUGGUGCUAUUGACUCUCCCGUGGUGGCGCCGCCCAGCACGCCGGCGGAGAGGGGUUCAGGUGGAGGAGGAGAAGGGAGGGGUUCGAGACAGAGACAGAGACAGAAUUGGCCCAUGUUCCGUUCGCCAUUGGUCGCGGUGCCACCCAGGCUCUGCCAGUCCAGCUUUGAAUCCCCUGCUGGCCUCUUCUUAUCUAAAACGGGAUACUUCGGGAUACGUCAUCAACAGGCCCUGGCACAGGUCACAGGUCAGGCUGCAGACUCUCAUUCUUACAUGCAUGAUCAAGCAGAAUAUCCAUCUGUCUCAGCUGCGAUGUCAACCUCCUUGACACAGCCAGCUGGUUCUUUGAUUCAUACAUUAUCACUCCAACAGAUGCCACCUUUAUCAUUAGCUACAAAUAAUACUACUGUCAAAUCUGCAGAUGGUUCCCAUUCUGAUCAUAAACCUCAACAUACAUCUCUCAACGUUGACAAACCUGCCGAUGAUGGCUAUAACUGGCGGAAAUACGGGCAGAAGCAGGUGAAAGGUGGUGAAUAUCCUAGAAGCUACUACAAAUGUACAUAUCCAAACUGCCCAGUCAAGAAAAGGGUUGAACAAUCUCUUGAUGGCCAAGUAACACACAUAAUUUAUAAGGGCCAGCAUAAUCAUCCACUGCCUCCACAAGAUAGGCAUGGCAAGGAAUGUGUAAGUGGAUGCGAUGAAUUCCCCGGGAGCUUCCAUUUUCCCGCUAAUUCUCGAACUGGUACUGCAAAUUUCAGCAGAGGUCGAGAUUGCAGCCAUGGGACAUCUGAGCGAUUGUCAGAUGCCAGUGAGGGUGAAGUUGGUGAUGGUGAACCAGGGACAGAUGAAGGGGGUGACAGCACACAAGAUCUGAAAAGAAGGAUGAUGGAAUCAACUUCACACAGGAUGGUAACAGAACCUAGGAUUAUUGUGCAAACAACAAGUGAAGUUGAUCUUUUGGAUGAUGGUUAUAGGUGGCGCAAAUAUGGACAGAAAGUGGUCAAAGGAAAUCCACACCCAAGGAGCUAUUACAGGUGCACCAAUGUGGGAUGCAUCGUGCGGAAGCACAUUGAAAGGUCUUCAACAGAUCCUAAAGCUGUUAUAACAACGUAUGAGGGGAAACAUAACCAUGAUGUGCCAGCAGCUAGAAACAGCAGCCAUGCCACAACAAAUGCUGGCGCUUCUACCAGCAGUAUGCACCCAAAAGCACACAAUACCACUUCUAACAGCCAACGUUUCCUUCGGAGAAUAGAAUUUAGAAAUAAUGUCCAACGGCCAAUUGCACUUCAUCCACUCAGAAAGGAGCAUAAUAUUGCUUAGACUUUUGGUGCCUGGAUGAUCGUUAUUGGUGAUCUAUGGGCUGAAUUUCAUACCAAGUUCUCCUGCACAACUGUUGGUGGAUUCCAGAGUGAAUGUUGUGCAGACACUUUCUGCAAUCAUAACAGACUACAGGAGGCCUUAUAUUCAACAUCAAAAUAACGUCAGAGUGAGAAAACUGAUAAAAUUUUAGCAGGUGUGAUUGCAUCUUGUAAUUAAAUGAUUGUCAUGUAUUUCUGUGUUCAGUAAGUCUAUUAUUUGCUACUGUCCUGACUUGGUGACUCCUGAUGCAUUUGUAGUUCUUUUUCUUUUGUUCAUUCUUUUUUGCAUCCUCUUCUCAGAAUGCUGAAGAUCAAAGUGAUACAGCUCGUGGGUUCUGCAUCUAAUGAUAAAUGACAUGUGGAUGAAGAUUUUGUAUACAUUUUUUUUCUUUUUCCUGCUUAUGAAUGUGCAAGUGAGCAUGGAAUCUAUAGAAUUUUCCUCCAUAGCUGCUAACUGAACUGAAUAU